CAGAGGCAUCAGGAGGAAACACUCUGCUUCACUUACAGUAACUGUGCUCUCCCUCCUCACCCUAACCCCAUCCUCUUGGACCCGCAAAGUUGCCCUCCUGAGAGCUGAAGACAAGAGACCUGCUGCUGGGAAAAGAAAAGAGGGUAAGGAGAUGUGCAUUGUCCAACCAUCGGACGCUGCUUCUGUGAAGACCAAGUUCUCUGAAGAGAGAGAAGUGGGGGGAAGUCAGUUUUCACAACAGAUGGGAUAAAAGUUAGGACAUCUGUGAGAUCUGUUUAUUGCAUGCCACUGCACCUCAGCUUUGCUCUCCCUCUCUCUCUCUCCCUCUGUUUUAGGUUAAACCUUCUGCAAAAACAGAAGAGCAGAGGUUCUGCGUGGAGACGCCGUUCUUCUCUGACAACUUUUUUUCCCCUGAACUGAACUUUUGAUGUCGUCAUCCAAAUUUUCAAUUUUUUUUUCCUUUUAUUUGAAUGGAUCAAAGUGAGCGCCGCAGAGUGCAGACAUACAUUGAGAGGAAUGUUGAUUUUGAUCUUUGCCACCUGAAAGAAUUCUUUGGAAGAGUAAACCUGGUUGAAGAAUAAAACAUCCUGGACUUGAAUCAAGUCAGGACAUCUCCCGUACUCGCAGGGCGAGGAAGUUGUGAUCGUUUUGCUUUCAUGGGAAAAAGCAGGAGUCCUGCUUCUGCUCCUCACCUGCGAUGAUGAUGAUGGCGAUGGUGAUGAUGAUGGUGAUGAUGGAUUUACCCAGUCAGCACUUGCCAGAGGAGGUCAGCUGAAGACGACGCCACGCAGCUAAGUCUGGAUUAGCCGGCCAAACGAGUUUCAAUGCUCCCCCACGUUCUAAGAUGAAGUUAUGGAAAGGUGCUACUUUUGCCUUCGUGCUCUGCGCUGCAGCCCUGUCCACCGUCCUCAUUAGAAACAUGGCCACCAUCCGACAGAUCAAGCUGAAAACAAAACAUCCCUCAUCAAGACCGUCCUCGUCGUCAGAGUUCCCAUCCACAGCUUCUUCGAAGGAACCCAGCGAGCCGACGGGAGGUCUUCAUCGGAAGAUCCGCUCCACAGGCAACAACGUGAACUUCCUCCUCUCAGACUUCUCUGCCAUGUUCCAGAGCUUCACGGAGGGUGAGCUUCAGCAAAUGCUUGGUACUUUAAUUGAAAGGAAGCGAAAGAGGGACCAUACCUUCGGGGACAACAAGUCCAGAAGGACUAAAAGAGCCCACAAAUCUAAGCCCUGUUCUCUGAGGAGGCUGGAGCUGACUGUGACUGAGCUGGAUCUUGGCCACAAGAGUGACGAGACAGUAAUACUGCAAUACUGCAGCGGCAAAUGUGACGCCCACCGGCAGAACUAUGACCUCGCCAUGGGUAAGAUAUUUGGGAAGAACUCUACGAAGAAAAGUCGCCGGAAGAAAGUCAGCAGCAUGCCCUGCUGCCGCCCGACCGCACUCGAGGGCAUUUCGUUCUUCGUAGAACACAACGGGUUUCACACGUUACGUAAUAUCUCUGCAAAGAAAUGUGGGUGUGUAUGACCCAAAUGAAUGGACUUCAAACUUCGUCACGCUGCUCCAAGCUUCUGUCUGAGGGGUCAAACAUGGACAUUGUUAAAAGACGAGCAAUGGAUUAUAAUGUCCACGAGAAGAGGAGGAAACAGGAACCUCCUGGGACACACGGACUUUAACGUUUGGGCGUCUGUCACCGUCAGCUGGAGGCAAAUCACAGAAACAUUUCUGUGUUUGGAUUCCACGUGAAAUGGAAAAGAAAAUGAAAAUUGCUCCAAUGACAACAAAGUUUUUAUCUUUUCUAUCUGUGUAGUAACACUGUAAAUGAUGGCGUAACAACAAUUUAGCAGCAUAUUGUUUGUGUGGUUUUUGGUAGCUGUACGCAACAAUGAGCCAGGGUGGACCAGAUCAUCGCCGUUACCGCACCUCAUCCAAUCUUUUCUCCAAAUCCCAUGGUUUACCAAGUCAUCGCGACGAAAAUGGCAAACGAGUCAAAUUAACUUCAAAUAUGAAAUGUGCCCAGGAAGCAUGUUGAGUUUAAAAUUUGGAAAAUGUUGCUUCUUCUGGGUAUUUUUAUGUCAUGUUUACCUGCUUAUAUGCAUUAAUAUUAUUUAUUUUUGACUCCAAUAUUAUUAGAAACAUAAAAGAAGAGCAGAAGUGUUGAUAGGCAUACAUGUCAACUCAUACAGAUGGUCUGUAAAUUACGUAGAUUUUCCCUCAUUUUGCUAGCCUGCCCAUUGCCUUCCUAGGCAGCUCCGCUCGACUCUAAUCUCCCUUCUCUGCUCUGUCUUGGAUUUCUCCCAUAGAGAUUUCUCCAGUAGAAUUUCAACGGGGCCAAUCAGCGGACAGAAGAAGUUGUGAAUGAUGAUGAUUUUUCUGUGCUGUUUUAGUCUGCCUGUAGUUUAGCAAUGGCAGCGGAGGAAGUGAAUGAAGCCAUACCUUGCAGCCCUCAUUUAGCCAUCUCGUUCCUCUCGGUACUUCUCUCUUCACAGUGGGGGAUGGUUGUUUACAGAGCACGCAAUUUCUGGUUAACUUCUUAGCUUAGCUUCCAUCACGGUCAAGUUGGCGCACUACAUACGUCACGGCCUAACAUAUUUGGGUAAAAUCAGAUCCAUCCGUUUCAAACUUCAGCAGAUUCCAUGCCUUCAGCUGAGAGUCCAGACCCUCUGUCUGAACAAAGCAUAGAACAAGAGGCUCGUUUUUACCAGGCUACCAUUUUGCAGGUUUAUGGACGUCUGGAGAAACCUCAUUGAUUUUUUUGUUUCAAAUCUCAUAGAUUUUUUUCAAAAACUCAGCUUCACAUGGUCUCUGAGCCUGUAGGAUGAAAAUAAACAAAUAAAUUUAACUACCUCCCGACCGCUCUGCAGCAACAGUGUCAUGUCACAAAAUCAAAGCUUGAGUCAAGUCUCUGACUUCAUCCAGCUUCUACUAUGUCAGAGUACUAUGGAUAUUUUGUCAAAAUGACAGAUUUUUGGAGGUCAGUAGAGGUAAACAUCCUAAGGGGUUGACAUGUAUGCUUCAGGUAAAACACCCGUCUUAAAUAACUGCAUUGCAUUGAUUAUUUUUUGAGUAAUUUAUAAGAUUAAGAGAAAAUGUCCCCAUAUAUUUUCCAUGCAACACUCUCUUCUUCCUUUUUUUUGUACCUUCCUUAAAUAACUCCAGCUUAUAAUCACCCCCAUCUGGAAUUAUUUUUCCUCCAGAAUUUGCCAAAAACACACCAGAUCAAGUCAACAGGCGACGAUUUUACAAAGUCCCCAUCAUAAACAUCACUCGUCUCGCAUUCCAGGUGCUUCUCUGAGUGUAAUUUGUGAAAGUUUAUUCUCACGUCGGGUUUUCAGCUGAUUGCAAAACGGAGUGGAGAAGAGAGGAAUGGCUCUGGUGAAAAGUAGUGGCAUGUUUUCUUUUUUUCCCCCUCUGAAGUAGGCGCUUGGAUCCGAGGUUGCGUUUGAACCCAUCUGUAAAAGGUUUUCUUACCCAUAACCCCACAGUGCAGCCUCUCGACUGGCCCCGAACAUGCCUCUGUGUUGUGUUGCCUGGUAGACUUUCAGGAGACUCAUAAGCUGUUGACAUGAAUCAUGAAGCAUCUUUUACACCCUCACUCGUCCUGUUUUUGGUUUGAACUUAACUGUAACUGCCUGACGUCCAGCUAAUUGUACAUAUAUUUGUGUUGUUUUAUUUUUCUUGAGAAGGAAAAGAGGGGUGCGGAUGCAGUGCAUCUUUGUUGUACGUAGUUUAUAUUGUAUUUAUUUGGGAAAUAAAUUAUAGAUUUUCAUAUUUAUUUAGAUUACUACACGUAAACGGGACAGCUUUUUAUCAUCAAGCAACUGUGCCAAAAAAUGUUUUAUCUAACACUCUAUACUGACUGCUGAAUAAAUAUCCUUUCAGAGGUGUGGA